CAGCGUUGUUUCCAUAGAGACAGAAAUUCGUCUAAACGCAAGAGGAUCUUUCAGAUAAGUAAAUCGUCAUGCUGGAGCUGGAUGAGCCAUUCACCUUUGAUGAAACUGAAGAAGAAGAACAGAAAAAUGUUUCAUGUCAUGAAGAAGAGGCUUCAGAUGAUUUCCCACCAGCCCUUCUAAGCUAUUUUGAAACAUCAAAAACUAGAGCGGCAGUUUGUGAGAAACUUAUCCUUCAGGAACUUGAAGACUUCACACCAUCAGAUUCCACUGAGAAUAUGAUGAGGCUGUCAAAUGAAGUCAGUAAAGAUAUGGUGAAACUGAAUGAACAGGUCGGUGAUGCAACAGAAAAUGAGGAGAACAAGACUGAUGGGUCCCUUCUUCAAUCACAAAAAGUGACACAAAAUCCUUUGACUCACAAUAUGCCCAUGUGUCUUAAUAAUGAAGAUGGAGCUGCAACAGAUCGAUGUUGGGAGACUGAGAAAUAUUUGGCCCGGGACUUUAGCAAACAUGACAUAGCACAAGAGAAACACUGUGAUGAGGAGAUGCAUAAAAACGAGGAAAGGCAAAAAAGAGAAAUUAACUUCCAGGAGGAGCUGAGGAAGAUAAUGGAGGCAGAGAAACUGCAAGAGAAGGAACUGGAAUUGAUGGCGAAAAGAGCCCAGGAAAAACUUGAGCAGGAGAUGCUGCUUCAGCAGGAACUGAUUGGUAACUUACAAAAACAAGUGGAGCAAGAGAGGAGGAUGAUCGAGGAAGAGCAGAGAAGAAAAAACGAAGAAGAGAAAAGGAAAAAUGAAGAGAUGCAAGCAAAAAAGAAGCAGGAAGAGGAAGACAGAAGGAAAAUGAAGGAGGAAGAAGAGAAAAUUAAGAGUGAAGAGGAACAGGAAAGGAAGAAACUGGAAGAGAGGAAAAGAUUGGAUGAAGAGGAAAAGAAAAACAUGAUAAAAUUAAGACGUAAAGAAGAAAAGAAGCAAAAGGAGCUGUGGGAAAGGGAGGAGGUAAAGAAGAAAAGGGAAGAAGAAGAGAUUAGAAAGAAAGAGGAAGAGAGAAAAAUGGAAGAAAUCAAGGAAGAGGAGAGGAGAAGAGAGAUACAAGAGUUGGAGGAGAUAAAGCAAAAGCAGAAGGAGAGAAAGAAAAACAGGAAAAGUGAGGACGAGGAAACAAGAAUAAUGGAUGUCAAAAACAAUGUGACAGAAGUUUCUGGAAGGAAGAUGACUGAAGAUCAAAAGACACAAAAUGAAGAAAUAAUAAGUAUUAAGGAAGAAAAGAAGACAGAUAACAGAGGUGAGGAAGAGAAGACAAGAAAGGAAGUUGUGAGAAAAACUACAGAGCAUAAGAUGGAAAGAAAUGAGGUAGAGCCAAGAGAAAAGCCUGAGGUGAAGAAAAAGAUGGUGAAUGAAGACAUCAGGGGAAAAGAUGAGACUAAAAGAAUAGAUGACAAAAUGCAACUCAUGGAAAGUGAAGAAAAGAAAAAGAACGAUGUGGAGAGUUUGGAAAAUCAAGAUAUGAUGAGGAAGGAAGAAAAGACUGAAGCAAAAGAAGAAGAGCUGAUUAUAAUGAGAAAGGAAGAAAUGAAACAGAAUGAAGAACAAGAACACAGAAACGCAGAUGAAGAAAUAAAACUCAAGCCAGAGAUUUGUGAGAAUAAAGACCAGAACACAAAAAUGGAACAUGAGAGGAAAAAAGAUAAAGAAAAGAAGCAAGAAGAGUUGCAGAAACAACAAGAGGGGGUUAGUAUAGGAAGAAAGAAGGAUGGGACGGGAAACAAGGAAGAUGCAAAGGAUUAUGGAAAUGAGGUGAAGGAAAACAUACAAACAGAAGAAAGGAAAGUAGAAGAAGAGGUGAAAGAACGAGUCAUAAGUAAGAAUGAGCUGCGAGACAAAGAAGGAGAAAAUAGCAGCAUGCAAUCUCAGAAUCAGACUACUGGCAGGACCUCACACGCAGGAGGCAACACCAAGUGGACCUCAAGUGCUGAUCCACUGCAGAGUGAAUCUACAGCCGACCCUGUCAGCUCUGAAACUGCAAAAAAAAAUAACCUAAACAAGAACAUCAGUCAGAUCCAUGUCUAUAAAAACAGUAACCAGCAAGAUCCUGCAAAGCCUGGCACUUCUUCUUACUUUUUGCCUGCAAGCCUUCCAGAGCACACAGAGCAGAAGAGGCUGUUGUGGAUGAAGGAAUGCAUCCCUUGGUCUAAAUUGUCCUGCCAGAACAGGAGGAAGCAGAAAGGAUCAGCCCGGAGUAGGACAGGGCCAAGGGGGGUGGCAGAGGGUAGCAGCCUGCCCCCUCUGUGCCCACACACUCUGCUUCAGUCCACAGGCUGGAGAUCCCUGCAGGAGGUUACCAGCGUGACCUUGGAGGAUUUACCUGGCUGCAGCCUUUUUACUCUUGCCCAGUGUACUCAACUUCAGUCGCUUACCCUCAGACGCUGUGGACUGAAAUCAUUGGAAGGUAUCAACCACUUACAAGAGCUCUGGUACAUUGACCUACAGGAAAAUGACAUCUCAUUUGUGGAUUGUGAAAACAUGAACAGCUUACGAGUUCUUCAACUUGCCCACAACAAGCUGACUUCCAUCCAUGGUUUAAAUGGUGCUGAGAAUUUGGAUAUUCUUGAUCUCUCGCAUAACUCCAUCACCCGUAUUGCUGGUCUGGAGUCUUUAAGGAGGCUACAGAGGUUGUCAGUGAACCACAACCAGCUGAUCAACACCAAAGGGCUGAGAGAUGUAUAUACACUGCUCCACUUGGAUUGCUCUCACAACCACCUGGCCAAUGUGGAGGGUCUGGAGAACAGUGCUCUGCUUCACACCCUGGAUCUAAGAGGAAACAGCCUUACUGAGCCCCCGAGUCUGAACAACCAGGUCCUCCUCAGAGAGCUGCAUCUGGAUGACAACAGCAUCUCCUCCCUUCACGGCCUCACUGCCUGCUGGCUUCCUCUAAUGCAGCACCUCUCUGCAGCUCAAAACGGAAUUACUCAGCUGCCCUCCAUGUCUAAUUUUGUGUCCCUUGAAAAUCUGGAUCUUAGAUACAACUGCCUGUCAGAGCUGCAGAAUGUGUGUGAAAAUCUUGAGGGAUGUCAGUUCCUGCGUGAAAUCCACCUCACAGGGAAUCCUCUUCAGCAGGAGAGUGGCUGGAGAUCCACACUACAGCAAUCAGUGCCCGGCCUUAGAGUCAUUGAUAGCCACGAGACAGAUUCCUUUUUCUUGCCUCCAGCUGUUCAGCAGGUCAGCUCGGCCUCAGACUGCUUCCUAACUUUCUGCCAGGCUCAGCUUCGGCAGACUCAUAAUUUACAGCAGCAUCACAGCAGGGAGCUCAGCAAACUUGCAUUUCCCUUUAAUGAUGUGCAAAGCUUCUGCCGGCACUUCAGUAUGACUCUGAAGCUGGCUGAGGACCAGAGAUUUACCCAUGAAUAUGGUGAGACUACUGUGUCUGAUGAACACUGGGCUGCAAGUCAAACAGCGCCUGAGAAAACACUGGGUAGUGUCAUUGGUGAAGAGCUUAUGGAUUGCCGAGAUAUAGAGUCCUCUAACAAAGUACCACCAGUCUUUCCAAAUAGAGACAUCAUGAGAUGCAGCUAUUGGAAUUUUGAAGAGACUCCAGCUACAGAGAGUCACUAUGACACAUUUGGCCCAAAACAGGGUCCAGCGACCUUCUUCAGUGAUGAAAAAGCAUCUGUCUCCAGCCAUCAAGACUUAAAUCUCAAAAACACAGCAGCAGUUGUGAUUCAGCAAUGUUGGAGAAAAUACAAGCAGAUAUGUGGGAACAUUAAUGCUCCCCCCAUCACAGAGAAAGGAGGAAAAGGAGGAGGAGAUGGAGGAAAGCCAGAGUCAAGACUUUGCUAUAUUAAUAGGAGCACUGCUGGCAAACACUAUGCGGCAACUGUCAUCCAGGCAUUCUGGAGGGGCUACACUCUGAGGAGGAGGCUCACAUCUGCUCUUGCUGCUGUGGCAUGCCCCAGUGUUGGAGAGGAUGACACCUUUGAGGAGGUGGACAUAGAUGAAUUUGUCUUUGAUGAGGCAGCUUUGGAGGAACACUUCACAUUGAUGCUUUCUCAGCACUCAUCUCCCAGACAUCACCUUGUGUCAGAGCAGCAAUUAUCUAUGGAGCCUCCUGGGCCCCGUCUUGAUCCCUCCCAGGACAUACUCCCCCUACCAAAGCACGCCUGGAUGGCUGGGGAACAUGUGGACUCAGCUGCACAGAGAAUUUCAGCAGACGGUUCUAACAGAAACACAUCUCCUACUUCCACCUCAGCGCUUAGUGGUCUCUCUGAAAGAUCAGAAAAGAUUCUAGAAGAAUGGGGCUUUACUGACAGCCACACAGCACUUCUGCUGCUGAGGAGAGCUCGGAAGAUGAAGUCAAAGAGACAACUGCAAAAGAAGCAAAGGGAUCCCUCUGUCCGACUUGCCUUGUUCAGAAAUUGUAAUUACCAGCUUGGUCCAGCGGAGGCACAAAACACAACAGCACGAUACAACAGAAAUUAUGUAAAAGCUGGUGGGGCUGAGACGGGCCAUCAGCAGGCAGAGAGGACAGAGCACGUUAAGCAAGAUCAAACUCAGCAGUGGCUCCAUACCCAGGCCACUCAUGGGCAUUCAGACGGUGAUCGUUUCUUACCGGACAUAAACUCAUCCAUUCUGAGCGGAGGCAGAGUGCAGCUCGUAGCUAACCCAGCAUAUACAGAUUGUCUAAAUCACACCAGUGGACUGUGGGCCAACAGCAGUUUGGUCGGCCAGGGUUGCAAAGUGAACAGUUAUGCCCGUAGAACCUCCUCCAGUCAUGCAAGAAAAGAAGUCCCAUCUCCUGCGCGAGUCACGUCUGCCCCAUCAAAAAAGGAGCGUAUCUCGUUCCGUGACAACCCGGUUCAGCUGAGCGGUGGCUGGGGAGGAGGCAAGAAAAGGGACAGAGUGCACAAGUAAAAACACAAAGCCUCCUUACUGAGGUCACCACUUUUCCUGCCCUGGCUCUGCAGACUCUAAUAGAUGCAGUUGCAGUUUUCUUAUAUGUGCUUUGAUGCAUUUCGCGUCAAAAGAUUACUAAAAUAUGCAUUGGAAGAGCUCACGUGGAUAAAUCUUUAGCUAUUAAAAUUCAAUGUGAUUUUUCUUUGCCGGUCAGCUUGAUUUUUAAUGCAGUUUUAUUGCCUGCACUGAGAUGGAAAAGCAGAUGAAAACUCAAGACUCCCUUUUCUGUAAAUUAAUUAAGGCCAACAGGACUCAGACCAGCCCAAAUAUCUGCAGGCGGUUCUAUUAUGUUCAUUCAAGAAUCAAAUACUGUGUUCUCAAGUAUCAUUGCCCAAACCUCACUGCAUCCAACUAGCACCGAAACACAUGGAACAAAGUCACAAAUGUUGAGUGGAUGACAUGCUUCAUAUGCAAAUGAUGGCAGGAAAUAAGAACCAGGACUUUUAUUGCCUGUUUCUUAGGAUGCUGUCAUUUCGCCUCCAUGCAGAUUUUAAAUACAGAUUGUAACUAUGAGAUCAGUCUUACCCUUUUCCAAUUUUCUGUUGCUUUCUCAGAGCAGACUUUAUGAAAGUGCAGAAUUUUAGUUCGACUGCCCUGCAUUUGCGUUUAGCGCUUGCUAACCAAAAGUGCACGUGAAAUGACUGCACUUAUGUUCUCAGCACAAACGUUGGUGUUAGAUUUGGAACACUGUUUUCUUUAUCUUCUGCCAUGGAUCGUAAUGGCCUUGUCUGUGUAUUUGAAUUCGGAGAGCCAAGGCGUCCGUCCACAAACACAAACCCUACUGAAGGCAGUGAACAUCAGGCUUGAAGGUUCCUUGCUGGUCCGCUGCCUGAAAAUGAUAAGUUAAUGAAUGUCAAAACAAAUAGUCAGAGUUGCAGAGUGGCUCCCUGGAAGGAAAUGCAUGUCGGCCUGUUUAUUUUCCUUCUGUCUUUCACUUAAGCAUGGCUUGAGGCUGUGUUUUGACUGUACGCGAUCUGAUGGGGAUUUUUGUCUUGGAGAGUGGCGCAUGCCAGAGAUGUGGUGGUCCUGCCCACUUGGGGGCUGUUGUGAAACUGGAGAGCACUGUUCUCCUGCAGCGAGGAGACUGAUUCUUCUAGGGGCUUUUUUGUAGACUGUGAUCAUACCAGUACUGCAUAAGUCAAAUCUGAUGCUUUGCUUUACAGACAGGUGUGCGUGGCCUAUCUGUGCCUAUGUCUUGUCACUAGUAUUACUUGACACAAAUUCAGAUUUGCCAUUAGAGCUGUUUUCUGCAGCUUCCUAUUCUGAAGUGAUAUUGUUGAGCUGUUAUCUACCACUCUUCAUUUCAUUUCUUUACGUUUGGAUUAUGGGUAAAUUAUACGUAACCCAAGAGAUCCAAAAUCCAUUGCCUUGUAAAAUGACAGCUCCACUGCACAUUUAGAUAAGACCAAGAAUGUCCCUCUCAGCCUCAUCUGCCAUGUCAACUGGACUCUGCAUCCAGAUCUCUCCAAGUGCUGUCUUUAAAUGCAUUCAAGUCCAUAAAACCACAUUUCCAUGUUUUCACUACAAUUUGCAAAUUUUGCACAUUUUUGCUGAACAUUUUUGAAGUACGUUGUGGAGUUAUAACCAAUUCCUGGCAGCUUUUUGGUUCCUAUUCAUUUCUGAAUGUUUGAAAAUGAAUUAACAGAAACAUGAAAUGUUAACUUUGGCCAGUGGUUACAAUUUAAAGAAAGCAGUGGCUAUCUGGAAAGAUUUCUGAAGGUGUACUUGCAGAAUAAUUCACUGUGAUGUUAAAAUAGUUAAAACAUGAGAAGCACGCAGACCUUUAAAUGUGUAGGAGGUUUUUGGUGGUCCAACUAAUGCAAACAAAGAAAGAAUAAAGAAAGCUGUGGUGAGGCAAUGCAGGAUAAGGGUGUGGCAUGACGUUGACAUCAAAUUUGUGUGUUGCAAGAAAAUAAUAUAUACUCUGAAGUGAUUACAUUUUUUCUAGUCAAUAUUAAAUCUUAAAGGGUUUGAAUUGUAAGUACAUUCUUUAAAAAGGACCUUAAUUUUGCAGAGAUAUAUUGCUUGACUUAAAAAUGCUUUAGAAUGUAAAACCCUUAUUGAUAAAAAUGACGGAGGAGUUGGAUUCUAUUUAUUUCUACUUUAUUAGUAACUCUGUCAGAGUAAGAACAGAGUUUGCAAGCUGCCCUCUAACUGCAAGUUUGAGAAAAAGAAAAUGGAAAUGUUUUCAUUAUCAAAUGUAUCAUUAAAUGAAUGUUUAGACACACUUUUU